UCAGGCAGAUUACGCAAUGACAGCGGCCUGCGAUGCAGGAAAUGUGGAGAACGAAAGUAGUUUUGACAAGUUACCAGAUCCCAAGACAAGGUCAGAGAUGUUACGUCGUCCGGAUCGGCAUCUUUGGGAGCAGGCUGAAAAGGAGGAAAUUGCGAAGAUCGAAAGUCGAGGCGUCUGGGUAGUUGUUACGCGUGAUCAGAAAAACAGGGAGUCAAAUCAUUCUGUCCUUGCUCGCGGCUUGUGGGUGUAUGCCUCAAAACGAGACUUGAAGGGCAAGAUCUUGAAACGAAAGGGGCGGCUAGUUAUCAUGGGCAACUUACUCCCUUCAUCUGAAGAAUUGUUUGCACCGACUACAUCGUUGGACAAUAUCCGGCUCUUGCUGAGCAUCGCGGUUGAUACCUCCAGAUAUCAUGAGUCUUCUUCCUGAGUGCCUCCUCAAAGUCUUGAAGUCGCUCUAUGGACUUCGCAUUGCACCAAGGAGAUGGUAUCUUAAGUUCACGCAGGUGUUGAAGACGGUGGGAGCAAGUGGGAUAGGACAUGAUGAGAUCAUCUACCGAUACUCCAACUGUGCGGGGGACGUCUUGCUUCUGACUGUCUUCGUGGAUGACUUACUCAUUGUCUCUCAAACUGAAGCAGUUAAGAUUGAGUUUCUUGAGAAGCUCAACACAGUAUUCGACUUUUCGGGGAGUGAGGCAACAGGUACCUUCUU